CUGGGAGGCAGCACUGACAUGGCAAUCAUGGCGUGGCUCAAGUGACGUGAACAUACAGAGAUAUGGAAGUGCUCAAGGCUGACCUGAAGUUGAUUGAGCAGGAGUUGCCGCAGGGCACGUGCCAAGUUGACCUGGUGGCUUCGAAUUUAUUCCACUGGGAGGUCACACUGGCUGGACCAGAGGGGACACCGUACAAGGGUGGCACCUUUCGGUUUUGGUUGUGGUUCCCAUUGGAAUAUCCGCUUCAGAAGCCGCGAUUGAAAUGUUUGACGCCAAUGUAUCAUUGCAACAUUGACCACAACGGAAGUGUAUGUCUAGACAUGGACCAAGAACUAUUGCAUCUGAACGUGUUGAGCCAAGAUACAGAUGCGCCACCUUCGACAAGAAAUUCUGCAUACUGCAUUGUGCAGGCUUUGCUAUCAUUGUUCGCAGCACCUGUGCCCGAGAAUGCCCUCGUGCCUGAUGCUGGAAGAUUGUUCCUCGCCAACCGGCAGGAAUAUAAUAGAAAGGCGCAGGAAUGGACAAUUCAAUAUGCCUGUUAGGACUACUAAACUAACUCGAAAAAAGAGUUGGGGAGUUGGGAACCAGCGUUUAGACCUGCCCAUGCAGCGAGAACAGCUCGCUCAAGUGGCUUUAUCCGAAUGACAUCUCGUGCAGC